CGCACCGGGUCCAUGGAGACUGUCUGUGUGUGUGUGUAUGAAGGAAUGCAAGGCUACACGGGUCAAUACACAGAGGAAAACACACCGAGGUGUAAUUAAACCUGACAUUUAUGACUUUCAAGGACGUAUUUUACGUCUUUGCUUUGAGGUGAAUAUGGGAUGCUGCAGCUCCACGAACACCGCGGUCCGACCGUUGAAACCGGAAGGGGUGAAGGGAGACGAGGAUGAGACAGGAAGUAAAGUCGAUGGUCGUGGAGACUCGGCCGUGUCAAAGGGCACGACAGACAGCGGGGUGGUGAUGGAGAACAGAGACAUCCCUGUGUUACCUGGAGCGGUGCCCAGAAGACUCCCUCCUCUGGCAUCUGAGUGUGUCACAGAAAGCGAUGCGGACAGAAUGACACAAAACGGCUUGCUGCAGCAGGAGAGCACACUGCAGGAGCGCCCAAAGUCCAGUGAGAUCCUGAAGGAGCUGCUGAACCAAGGCAUCAUACCAGUGGGAGCACAGAGCAGAGAGAGGGGCAGCGGGGCUGGAGAGGCCUACAGCAUCAUGCUGGAUCACAGGGAGGUGGUCAGGCGAAGGCCGCCUGCCAGACUGGAGUCUCUGAAGGCCAAGAAGGUCCAAAAUCUACCCAGCAAAGAAGAGAUUGAGGAGAAGAUAAGACUUGCUGAGGAGAGACGCAAGUUAAGGGAAGACGAGCUCAAGAGGCGUUUGAGGACCAAGUCAGCCCGUGUUCGGGGCCCCGCUCCCACCUCUAGCACAGAGGAGGACGAGGACGCAGCUCUCACCACUGUGGAGCCGCUACAGUCACCUCUCACCCCGGAACCCCUCGAUCCACUGCCUCACAGCCAGAUCAAACGCGAGGCGGCUGAGGGCGGAGAGUGGGUGAGAGAGGCCGCAGAUGACGGCAGAGAAGAAAUAGGUAGCGCAGACAAGAGAGAAGGGAGGACAGAGAAGAGAGGAGAGAGGGGAGAUAACAGAGGGUCCGGUGGUGACGGGGAAGAGGAGGAGUUGACCCAGGUGGAGGAGCUCAGAAAGGAUCAGCUUCUCCUCACAGCCUCUGGGGAGCUGGAGAGCGACUCUAGCUUUCAACAUGCAGAGGACAAAGAGGAGAUAUUUUAUUAAUCGCAAAAAUGAGCCAAGAAUCAGCACUAAGAGAGAUAAAAGAUAGAGGAGAGGGAGCCAAAAAUAAUUCCUUUUGAAACUUGUAAAAAGAAAGAUGCAUGGGGUAUAUAUUGUUAUAUCGUAAGAAGAAAUUAAGAUGUAAUAAGCUGUGAUUGGCCCUAUAUUGUAGCUUAGUAAUAAGCACAAAUGAAUAUAAGGGUUUUCUUUCUAAAGAAAUAAAAUGUACCUCAAUGAAGGCUUUGAUAAAUAUGACCAAGACUUCUUGCCAACAUACAAAAUGUAUUUAAAUGAGAUUUUAGUUUUACAUUUAAUUGUAAAAUAUGAUAUUUUUUAGUCUCUUUUUGCACGUGAAGGGUGCACUUGUUCGAUUGGACAUGAGAUGGCGCUGUUUCAGUGAGUUAAAGUUGCCUGAAGUCAGCGUGCAGCUCAUCUAUAUGAUAAGUUAGGAGGAGGUUUUGGGAACAUGUGGAAUUGUUAUUGAUCAAUAAAGUCCCCCUUGUGUGU